CACAUCAGGACGAUGCAGUCUGAGGAGAAAAAACAAAAAAGGCAGAAAUGCAAAUGCGAUAAACAUUUAUUAUUCUCUUAGUACUAACAACCUCACCCAGCAGAAUAUGUUCUUCUACAAACAGCUUGAAAAACCAAAAAAACAAAACAAAAGCGCAGCAUCGAGCGCACAGACCAAAUAGAGAAAACCACAGGCCUUUAAAUAGACGGCUGAAAACGAGAAGUGUGAAGUGGACGGAGAUGUACGGAGGCAGCAGGGUAGAAAGAGCGAGAGCAGAAGUUUACAUCAGUCUCUACGAAGAGCAGAGUGGCAACCGGUGCCACCGUGGGACUGCAGCCAUCGCUCAGAGCCGGAGCCAAGCGGGGAUUUAAUACCAUUUAAUACAACGAGUUCACAAAAGCAGGGAGGGACAAGGACGGGGGAGAGGAAACUAAAGAUAAAGGAAGAGGUUUACCAAGAGGGGGGCUCAUGGGAAACCUCCUGAAAGUGCUGGCUUGCGCCGAACUUGAGCAUGGCCCAAUAGUUUUCCUUGACUUUGAACAUGCUCAGCCCACGGAGGCAGAGACAGCCGUGUGGAACCAGGUCAGCGCCGUGCUGGAGGAGGCUCAUGGGAUCCUCGCCGAGCUGCAGUCCUAUAACGGAGCGGGCCAGGAGAUACGAGAAGCCAUCCAGAACCCAGGUGACCUCGCUCUGCAGGAGAAGGCCUGGAACGCAGUCUGUCCCCUGGUGGCCAAACUGAAGCGCUUCUACGAGUUUUCCCUCCGACUGGAGAACGCCUUGCGCAGCCUGCUGGAGGCGCUGACCAGCCCGCCGUACGCUCCCAUGCAGCACCUGGAGAGGGAGCAGGCGUUGGCCAAACAGUUCGCUGAGAUCCUUCAUUUCACCCUCAGCUUCGAUGAACUAAAGAUGACAAAUCCAGCCAUUCAGAAUGACUUCAGCUACUACAGGAGGACUAUAAGUAGGAACAGGCUGAACAACCAGCAGCUGGAGGCGGAGAACGAGGUCAACAACGAGAUGGCUAAUCGGAUGUCCCUGUUCUACGCUGAAGCAACACCAAUGCUGAAGACUCUCAGUAACGCCACCACCAAGUUUGUUUCAGAGAAUAAGACUCUGCCCAUAGAGGACACCACAGACUGUCUGAGCACCAUGGCCUGUGUGUGCCGCGUCAUGCUGGAGACUCCGGAGUACCGCUGUCGGUUCACCAACACAGACACCAUGCUGUUCUGCAUGAGGGUGAUGGUGGGAGUCAUCAUUCUCUACGACCACGUUCACCCUGUAGGGGCCUUCGCCAAGACCUCCAAAAUCGAUAUGAAGGGCUGCAUCAAGGUGCUGAAAGAGCAGCCGUCCAACAGUGUGGAGGGACUCCUGAACGCACUGAGGUACACGACACGGCAUCUAAAUGAUGACAGCACCUCCAAACAAAUCAGGGCCCUGCUGCAAUGAAGAGGAGGACGGAGGGAGGAAAGAAGGAGUGCACUUGAAGGAGGAGAGGAGGAGGAGGAAACAAACGCCCGUGGCUGAUAAACCCGUUUGUUUACAACGAACAAAAGGAAAUCAUCUCCAGGCUUAGAUAAACCUGAUGAUAAUAAGAAGAGGAAAAAUUACUUAUAUAUAUUGUCAGCUGUCCAUCAUUCUGUCUCUCAUUUUGUAAAGUAAGAAAAGAGAAAAAAAAAAAGCCAGAAAAGAAAAUAUAGAUAUAUAUUAAAAACAAGUGAAACACAUGCAGCAGAUGAAAAAAGAAGUAGGAUUAAAGAGGAAGCUAUAUUGCAAAAAUUUAAGGUCAGAACCGAAGCAAACUGAAAAUGUACAAAAAAAAAAAAAAAAAAAAAAAAAAAAAAAAAAGGGGUUCAUGUUCCAGCAGUAGUCUGACAAGUAUUUUUGCACACAAACAACGCCAUCGCCGUUCCCCUCGGAUCUGAUCCCAAACUGAUUUCCCCGCAGACUUCCCCGUGACCCCCUCAUACACUCAGCUUAACCAGAGGAUGCUUUAAGCUCUCGGUUGCAGACGUCUCCCUCAGCUGCACCGAUCUCCACCUGCAGGUGAUUCAAGAAGCAAUGUGAUGGAUGCACUCCGGAGAUUUGCUUCCACCUGUUGUGUUCAUUUUUUUCUGCAUCGGUGCAGCUGAAGGAAAGGAGGCAAGGAGACCAGAAGUCUUUUGUGGAUGCCUCAGUUUCUCGCCCUGAUUUCUCCCUCAUUUGACCAUCACCCACACCCCUACUCUCACCCAUCCAUGUGCUUUUUUUCUUGGCACUAAAACAAAAUUGCCAUCCAAUGUUGUGUGCCCUUAAGCUGUUUAUGUUCCAGCACAAAACAUCAUGUGGGUAGUCCGCCUUUACUUGAACAAUGUCGUUCACUCUCUCUCUCUCUCUCUCUCUCUCUUUCUCUCUCUUUCGCCAUGGUGCUAAUGUGGUCUAAAUAUCACAGUUAUAGCUUGUAAGAAAUCAUUUACUUCAUUCCUUUUUUUGUUGCACUAAUAGGAUGAACCUCAACUUCAGAGAACAUCUGCCUUCAGCUAUUCACAUUAGUGCACAAACAGGGACGGAUCUGAUUUACAAACAUAAACCACAGCACACUUACUUCUUCACCCAGUGCCAAAGCUGAUUGUUCUUUUUGCUUUUUCUUCCAUCAUGAAGCCAGGUUUGAAGAGCAGUGGGGGGUUAAAUCUUGUAGUCCUGUAAAAAACAUCACUGAUCAUCAUUUUAGAUACAUAAGAGGAAAUAAAACAGCCAAGAAAACAUUCAAAAAAGUCAGGAGGAGGUCAAAUUUACAUUUUAAGGGAGAGAUCUGAGCGCUCCAGUGUAAAUAAGUGAGGCUUUUAUUAACAGGCAUCUAUGUGGUCAGCUUGGGUCCUCAAGGGAAAAAACUGAACAUACAUGGAAAUCUGCAUUGCUAGAGUUAUUUCUUUAAGUACGAGGUUGUCAAAGAUUUAAGUAAUUGAAUAAGUGGGGAAUGAAAAAACUAAAGAAAUUCAAACGGAGAUUAAAAAGAAGUGCUGUACUUUGGAUGUCUAUAGCCCUUAGUCUAAUUUAAUUUGAUCUUAUAAUAUAUUUUCUAUACAGGGGUAUGUGAACAAGCAUAUUCUGUAUAAAUAUAUAGAUGGCAUGUUGUAAAAGUUCUGACAGAAACGUGUAAAUAAGGUGUUUUUAUUCAUUUUUAAUUGUUCAGUGAUGCUGAAAUUGGGUAUGUGUUGUCUCUCAGAAUUACCAUGCGUUUGGCUUGGACCAUCGGACUCGCCGUAGUCGUAGGUUUCAGAAACUCAGCUUCAUUACUGCAGAUGAACCGGAGGGAGGGGAGGGGAUGCUAAG